AUGUCUAGUGUUUCGAUUCCUCCCGAGCCCAAGGUGUUGUCCGACAAUCCCACCGAUGGUGUGACGGCCCUCGCAUUUCUCUCCCCGUCCCUCCUCGCGUCCACGUCCUGGGACGGCACUCUACGGAUACACAACGUCGCUGAUCAGACCCUCCAGUGUGCGCAAACCGUCACGGAAGCGGGCCCUUUACUGAGUAUGGCAGUUCACGGUAAUUAUAGUCAUCAGAAUGAUCGUCCGGAGGAGACGUCGACACUAGCGACGGUCCCACCAAUCUACGUGGGGGGAUUGGACGGCAGCAUUCGACGUUUUGCCGCCCAUGCAGCCGGGAGCCGCCUCGCCAACGGUAACGACGACAACAAUAGCCAGAAGAAUCCAUGUUUGCUCAGUCGGCACCACAAGGCUGCCGUCUCUUGUCUCCAAUGGAUACCGCACGCACAGGGCGCUUGGUUGGUUUCCGCUGGCUGGGACGGGUUCUUGUAUUUGUGGGAUCCCACCGCGAUCGCCGACACGGAAGUAGCGAAGUUACCACCACCACUGGCAACCCUAUCACUACCGGGAAAGGCUUUUUCUAUGGAUGUGCACACGUCCGAAUCGCGGACGUUGUCCCGAAUCGUGGUGGCCUGUGCCGGCAGACGAGUGUGUGUGGUCCAGGUCACCACUAGUACGGGGACGGAAGGUUCUCACGAAACUCAUACGGCACCAGGGUUACUGCCGCAAGUAGAACUAGUGUUGGAUCGUGAAAGUACCUUGAAGUAUCAAACCCGAUGCGUCCGCUUUUUGCAAGAUGGCGUGGGGAUUGCCCUCGCAUCGAUCGAAGGACGGGUCGCGAUUGAGUAUUUCGAAGAGUUGGAUAUUCCUGCCGAAGGAAAAAAGGCCUACACCUUCAAAUGUCACCGCGAUGGUGAUAUGGUGUAUCCGGUAAACUGUUUGGCCUUCCAUCCGGUACACGGCACCUUUGCCACGGGAGGCUGCGACGGAACCGUCGUCACGUGGGACGGCUCGAACAAGAAAAAGCUCGUCGCGCUGCCGAAAUUCCCUACGUCGAUCGCUGCACUCGCAUUCUCCCCCGACGGAUCGCAACUGGCCAUUGCCAGCUCGUACACGUUUGAAGAUGGCGAACGGGAACAUCCGCGCGACGAAAUAUACAUUCGUGCCGUGCUGGAUUCCGAAGUUUUGCCAAAACGCAAGCAAUAA